AGGUUUGAUCCAGACAUUCUCACGGGUUACGAAAUUCAGAUGCUGUCAUGGGGAUAUCUUUUCGAGCGCGCGGAUUUUCUAAAGCAUCCUUUGGUCUCUCGCUGUUCCAGGAUUCCACUGGAGCCACGGCAAAGUCGCGGCUCAUCUGAAGAUGAUUGGUGGGCUAUGGCCGAUAUUGAUAUUGCAGGGCGUGUCAUGCUUAAUUUAUGGCGUCUAAUGCGCAGCGAGUUCAGUUUCAGAUGGCGAGUCGUCGACUACUACCUGUUACGAGUAAUACUGCAGUUGCGAUUCCUCAUUACUCGAGAUCUGGUGCAUCGAACUGCGGAGUUGGCACGCCUUUUCGGUAUUCAGUUCUUUGAAGUACUGAGUCGAGGAUCUCAGUUUCGCGUUGAGUCGAUGCUACUGCGCAUGGCCAAAGAACAACGCUUUCUUCUCUUUUCGCCCAGCGUCCGGCAACGUAGUCGAAUGGCGGCUCCCGAGUGCCUGCCUCUCGUGAUGGAACCACAGUCGCAGUUUUACGUUGACCCUGUCGUCGUUCUUGACUUCCAGGCUCUUUACCCGUCCAUUUGCAUCGCCUACAACUACUGUUACUCUACCUGUUUGGGGAAAGUGUGUUCCCUGAACGAGUAA